AUGAUCGAAGGGCGUGAUAAUCAGAUUCGUACACUGCAAGCAGAUCUGGAAAGACUUCGCCAUAGCAUUCAUCGUCGCGAAUCAGUGGGUGACGAGGAUGAUGAGGAUGCAGUGUUCCUCGAAGGUACUACACGUAUUACGCGCAUGAAAGACGAAAUCGAGCAUCUGAGAAAAGAAGUGGCACACUGGAAACGCCUUGUCAAUGAGGGAUCGAAACAAAACCCUUCACAGAAGUUAACUGCGUACUGUUUAAUCCAUUAA